AAUCAAUGCAAUAAUCUCCCUCCUCCCAUCUCCCAACUCUUUCUCCUCCAAGAACCUCAGCAAUGGUAAAAAAUUAGCUUUCAUUUACAAAAACAUCUCUAAUCAAAAGCUUAGAGUUAAUCCAUUUCAUUAAUUUUUACUUUUCCUUUUGACUUUGUUCUUUCUCCCCCUCAUUAGUCCACUCCAAAUCUUCAUUAUUCCCUUUUUAAAUUCUUCAAACCUCAUUCUUCUCCCUCCUCUCCCCAAUUAGUCCACACACCACCCUUUUCUUAAUCAAUCAUCAAUCUUUCUUCUUUACAAAUCAAAAACAAACAAACUCCACAAAAGUAAACCUGAACAAUAACCAUCCAAGAAACCAUAAGAUUCUUAUUCUUAUAAAUAAAGUGCUAUAAUUUCCAUACCCCCUUUUCUUUUUCCUAUCCCCAGUUACAUUAUCAAGAAUCAAUCCUUCAUUGGGGGACCGAAAAAAAAAGAAAAAAGAAAAAAAAUAUCUCAAACCCUAAUCUUGAAUUUUUAUCAAGAAACAUCACAGGAAAAGAUUUGUUGAUUUUCUUGAUCUUGGCAUUGUUCAAAUUUUCAAGAUUUGCUUAGAAUAAUGUCUCAAAUGAAGCACAUUAUUGAUAAUACACCAUCAACUCCAGGAAAAUUCAAGAUUGAUAAAUCCCCUUAUAAUAGGCUUAUUAGGCUACAAUUUUCUUUAGCCAAGCUUAUUUUUUGGUCACUUGUUUUUGUUGGGUUAAUCUUUGUAUUCUUUUACAGAUCACCAUCUAGUUCCAAUCAUGUUUCUCAAGAUCUAUCACGUAGAUCUCUUAGUUCCAGCUCAUAUGGUGGUCCAGCAUGGGAAAAAAAGAUCAAGAACUCGGCAAAAAUCAGGUCACAUAAUGGUAUUUGUGUUUUGGUUACUGGGGCUGCUGGUUUUGUAGGAACACAUGUAUCAGCUGCCUUGAAACGCCGUGGAGACGGCGUUUUAGGUUUGGAUAAUUUCAAUGAUUAUUAUGAUCCCUCGCUCAAAAGAGCGAGGCAAGAGCUAUUAGAGCGCUCUGGUGUCCACAUUGUCGAGAGCGACAUCAAUGAUGUCGCUCUGUUAAAGAAACUUUUUGAAAUUGUUCAAUUUACUCAUGUUAUGCAUUUGGCUGCACAAGCCGGUGUUAGAUAUGCUAUGGAAAAUCCUAGCUCGUACGUGCAUAGUAAUAUUGCUGGUCUCGUUAAUGUGCUUGAGGUUUGCAAAGGUGUGAAUCCUCAACCCGCUAUUGUGUGGGCGAGUUCGAGUUCUGUAUAUGGUUUGAAUACUAAGGUACCUUUUUCGGAGAGGGAUAGGACUGACCAGCCUGCUAGUUUAUAUGCUGCUACUAAAAAGGCUGGUGAGGAAAUUGCUCAUACUUAUAAUCAUAUAUACGGGCUUUCGAUAACGGGGUUGAGAUUUUUCACGGUUUAUGGACCGUGGGGUCGGCCAGACAUGGCUUACUUCUUUUUCACAAGGGAUAUAUUGAAGGGAAAGUCAAUUCCGAUAUUUGAGGCAGCUAAUCAUGGCACGGUCGCAAGGGAUUUUACCUACAUAGAUGACAUAGUUAAGGGCUGUUUGGGUGCAUUGGAUACAGCUAAGAAGAGCACGGGUAGUGGUGGGAAGAAAAAAGGUCCGGCUCAAUUGAGGGUGUUCAAUUUGGGCAACACUUCCCCUGUCCCGGUAUCUAAUCUUGUUAGCAUUUUGGAGAAGUUGUUAAAGGUAAAGGCUAAGAGAUUGGUUAUGAAGUUGCCAAGGAAUGGAGAUGUGCAGUUUACUCAUGCAAAUAUAAGCUCGGCUCAGAAGGAGCUCGGAUAUAAGCCUGCCACAGAUCUACAGACAGGAUUGAAGAAAUUUGUUCGGUGGUACUUAAGCUACUAUGGUAAUGGAAAGAAAAGCGUGCAGUGAUACUUUUUGAUUCAAUGAAGUUGGUAGGACUAUUAAUUCUUUUCACUUUGAUUCUUAUGAUUAUUUUAAUGUAUCUCCGUUUGUUGCCCCUUUGUUUCUUUUUUUUUAAUCUUUAUCGUAAUGAUACAAUAUAAGGGGCACAUCCGAUCCCACGACGAAGAAUUUGUGGUGGAUGGACGGUGUUUGCUGGGCAAGUUGAUAUGUAUCAGAUGCAAACGGAAACCAUCUUUUUUAUUUCUUUUUCCACUUUUUAAGUGUAAUUGUUGUAGUUUUAUAAUUGUAGAAUUCAUGACAGAUAGAGCUGCUGCUGAUUGAUGGACAGUGAUCAUGUAUCAUCUUUGUCAGAUUCUAAUAAAAGUAGCACGAGAUAGUUCCAUAUAUGGGUUCACUCUGUAUAUCUUUUUAAAUUGAAUAUUUCUUUAUCAAGA